AGACAUUAUUGCUUCAUGACCUGAAUCAACUCAUCAACCUCCACAAGUCCACACUUAACAGAAAGGGACAGAACAGAAUAAUCAUCAAACUGAAGCCGAAAUGUGGAAGGCGAUAAGACGCCUUUUUGCAAAUCAAACCCUUUUGCUGCUUCUACCUUUAAUUCCUUUGCUUUACUCUUUGCUGUCCGUCAGGCUCAUCCCAAAGAAGGAAACUGCUCCGGUAACUACUGAGAUUUUCGGAGUCAAGAUUGAGAAGAAUCCUCUUCAAUCCAAACUCACUGAGCUAGGAGUCUCUACUUGGUCCACGUGGGAAGGCGGUCCAACCAAAAUCCCAUGGUCAUUCAAAGCUAAAGAGACCAUGUAUCUGCUAAAGGGAAGAGUGAAGGUCACAGUUGAUGGACAUGGUGAUGAUGGAUCUUUUGAAAUUGGGGGUGGUGACUUAGUCGUCUUCCCUAAAGGAAUGAACAUCACUUGGGAAGUAAUUGAAGCUGUAAAGAAACACUACAACUUGGAAAAGGAAAUGUAACUGGUGCUUCCAUAUAAAUAAGGCCUUAGACUGCAAUAUGUAAUGGCUGGAUCUUGCCCUCCAUGAACUUUGACAAAAUGAUUGCUUUCUAUUCUAUGGCUAAAGUUGCUAGUUGCUGUAGGAAUGUAAUCAAUGAUGGAUGUUGAGAUGAUUUUGGAGUGUUCAUUUGCCCAUUUUUUUCUUGGGGCUCUUUUGCAUUA